AUGUCAUCUACAACAACAACAUCAGAAAUUACUUCAGUGACAACGACUGUUACCCCAACAAGCACAAUUCCAGAGACAACCACUGCUACAACUGAAACAACCACUACAACACCAACAACAGAAUCUGCCACCACAACUCCAUACACACCACAACCACCAACAUCAGAAGAAACAACCAAGUUGACAACAACAAGCACACCUACAAGCUCAAUUACAGAGACAACCACUGCGACAACUGAAACAUCCACUAUAACACCAACAACAGAAUCUGCCACCACAACUCCAUACACAACACAACCUACAACAACACCAACAACAGCAGAAACAACUACAUUGACAAUAACAUCCACUACAACACCAACAACAGAAUCUUCCACAACAACGUCAUAUACAAGACAGGCUACAACAACAACUGCAGAAUCUACUGUAGAGACAACUACUGUAACCCCAACAAAAACAAUUCCAGAGACAACCACUGGAACAACUGAAGUAUCCACUACAACACCAACAACAGAAUUAACAACCGCAACUUUGUAUACAACACAACCUACUACAACACAAACAACAGCAGAAACAACCACAUUGACAACAAGUAGCACCUCAACAAGUACAAUUCUAGACACGACCACUGCUACAACUGAAACAACCACUACAACACCAACAACAGAAUCUGCCACAACAACUUCAUAUACAACACAGGCUACAACAACUGCAGAAACUACUGUACAGACAACUACUGUAACCCCAACAAGCACAAUUCCAGAGACAACCACUGCAACAACUGAAGCAUCAACAAGAUCAACAGCAGAAUCUGCCACGACCACUUUAUAUACAACACAGGCUACAACAACAACUGCAGAAUCUACGUCAGUGACAACUACUGUUACCCCAAGAAGCACAAUUCCAGAGACAACCACUGCUACAUCUGAAGCAUCCACUACAACACCAACAGCAGAAUCUGCCAUGAAAACUUUGUAUACAGCACAGGCUACACCAAAAACAGCAGAAACUACUUCAGUGACAACUACUGUUACCCCAACAAGCACAAUUCCAGAGACGACCACUGCUACAACUGAAACAACCACUACAACACCAACAACAGAUUCUGCCACCACAACUCUAUACACAACACAACCUACAACAACACAAACAUCAGCAGAAACAAUUGCAGUGAAAACUACUGUUACUCCAACAAGCACAAUUCCAGGGACAAACAAUGCAACACUUGAAGCAUACACUAGAUCACCAACAGCAGAAUUUGCCACGACAACUUUAUACACAACACAAGCUACAACAACAACAGCAGAAACUACUGCAGUGACAACUGUUACCGCAACAAGCAUAAUUCCAGGGACAACCACUGCUGCAACGGAAACAUCCACUACAACAUCAACAAGAGAAAUAGCCACCUCAAUUUUUUAUACAACACAAACUACAACACAACCAACAUCAGCAGAAACAAUUAUAUUAACAAAUGGAAGAAACACAACAAGUACAAUUUCAGAAACAACUUCAAUGGAAGAUGUAAGCACUUCUACAACUGUACCCACUACAACAGCAACAAGAGAAUCUGCCACCUCAACUACUACAACUACAACACAACCAACAACACUACAAACUUCAGCAGAAACAACCACAUUGACAAGAUCUAGCACCCCAACUAGUAAAAUUCCAGAGACAACUACUGCAACAAGUGAAUCAUCCACUACAACACCAACAACAGAAAUAACCACGUCAACUUUGUACACAACACAACCUACAACAACACCAACAGCAGCAGAAACAACCACAUUGACAGCAACUGUUACCCCAACAAGUACAAGUCAGGAAACAACCACUGCUACAACAAUGACAUCUACUACAACACCAACAACAAAAUUAACAAAAACUGUACCUUUAACAGCUAAUAGAGAAACCACUGCCAUUGCAUCCAAUACAAAUACCACGCAAGCAGGACACUCAGUAAUAUCUGGUUCAGCUGUUGUUCAGACCACGAUGUUCUUCAAUUCCUCCUCUCCUGUUCCCAGUGAGAGCUUGGUCCUCAGUGUAAUCCAGACUCUUCUGAGUGCUCGACCAAUUCAAGGUCAUCUGAUUUGUUCCACAGAAACUUCAGACACCUGCUAUGCAGUAAAAUUCACAUUCCAGAUCAGUAACAUCAGCAUGUCACAGAACCCUGAAUUAUGGAAUGAUACCUACAACCCAGUGGAGAGCACCAUCAACAAUGCUUUAAACAUACUUCUAAAUGAACCUGCUGCCGAACCGUUCAAACCCCAGAGCUCUCUCUUCACGAGUUCAGGAAACCAGGUUAAUGGUGACAUGACAUACCACUUCCAAGAUGGAGACACUAAAACACCAGCAUCUUUCCUGAAUGAGCUUGAAGCGCAAAGCAGACCUAUAUCUGGUUCAGCUGUGGUUCAGACCACAAUGUUCUUCAAUUCCUCCUCUCCUGUUCCCACAAUUCAAGGUCAUCUGAUUUGUUCCACAGAAACUUCAGACACCUGCUAUGCAGUAAAAUUCACAUUCCAGAUCAGUAACAUCAGCAUGUCACAGAACCCUGAAUUAUGGAAUGAUACCUACAACCCAGUGGAGAGCACCAUCAACAAUGCUGUGAGUGUACAUCACUCUGUGCUUAAUGAUGUUCUCACAAAUAUCCAGAGAUGA